CCGGUGGUAGCAAUCACUCGCCGUCCGCCGUCCGGUCGACGAUAUUCGUUGAUUACGCACUAUCGUUCGAUUUCUUCCGUUUGUUUCCUCUUUUUCUUCAGCCCUCUCACCUACCGGCCGUCCCGCGCAACCAAAACUAUAAUCAUAAUAAUAAUAAUAUCGUGUGUGUUCCCAUACAUUAUAUUAUAACAUUAUCAUUAUUAUUAUUAUAGUCGUGUACGGGUUUUCGCCUUCUCCGCAUUCGAUUGUUGUUGUUGUGCCUGUCUGCCGGCCCAUUAUUAUUACGUUCGUUUCUCCGGCAGUCGACCCACAGCCGUCCGUCACCGCAGUCCACCUCAGACACGCACGCGGCCAGAACGGACGCCGACACCAACCGACAACCACCUGUUGUACUAGCCGUGGUUGUAGAGCACACACCCCCUGCCAGUGGCUUGUCGGUCCAGCGGUCGUCGGCUGAUGUUUUCUAAGAACAGUGGACACUACGAUCUUGUUGAACGGUCCAAAAUGAAUACUCUAGAAGAAGCUCUUCAACUGAUAAGGACAUCCUUAAACUCCCCUCAAAUGGAUGUCGAGGGGGCCCAUUAUGAUCAAAAUAUCACUCACCUGAUUGUAGUGAUGGGUGCUUCGGGAGAUUUAGCAAAAAAGAAAAUCUACCCAACUCUUUGGAUGUUGUUCCGCGAUAAGUUGAUUCCAGACAAGACAUUCAUUUAUGGAUACUCCAGGUCAAAAUUAACCAUGGAACAACUAAAAAGCAACGUCUCACCAUAUUUAAAAUGCAAUGAAGAUGAAAAAGAACGGCUUGCCGAAUUCUGGUCUUACAACUUUUACAUUGCUGGAUCUUAUGAUAGUUCUGCUGACUACCGCACUCUGAACGUAAAACUUUCCAAACACGAAAUUUCUGGCAUCUCUAACAGGUUGUUCUAUCUGGCUAUACCCCCCUCUUUGUUUGAGGUAACCACAUCUCACAUCCAUGAAACAUGCAUGGAUCAUAAAGGGUGGACUCGUGUAAUCAUUGAAAAGCCUUUUGGUCGGGACGCUGCUAGUUCAUUAGAACUUAGUGACCACUUAGCCAAAUUGUUCACUGAAGAUCAAGUGUACCGUAUUGAUCAUUACCUGGGCAAAGAGAUGGUUCAAAAUCUCAUGACACUCAGAUUUGGAAACAGAAUAUUGAACACUGGAUGGAACAGAGACAACAUUGCACAGGUGCAAAUCACUUUCAAAGAACCAUUUGGUACUGAAGGACGUGGUGGAUAUUUUGACAGUUUCGGCAUAAUCCGUGACGUAAUGCAAAAUCAUUUACUCCAGAUCCUCAGUUUGGUGGCCAUGGAGAAGCCAGCUACUAUACAUCCUGAUGAUGUUCGAAAUGAAAAAGUCAAGGUACUUAAAUGUAUACCUAAAGUACAAAUGUCUGAUGUAGUUUUGGGACAGUAUGUUGGUAAUAAGGAAGCUGCGGAAGAGCACAAGAAAUUUGGGUACUCUGAUGAUAAGACUGUACCAAGUGGAUCAAAAACAGCCACAUUUGCGUCAGCUGUGUUGAAAAUCAAUAACGAACGUUGGGAUGGUGUACCUUUUAUUUUGAAAUGUGGAAAAGCUUUGAAUGAACGAAAGGCUGAAAUCCGAAUUCAAUAUCAUGAUGUGCCUGGUGACAUAUUUGGGGGAGUCUUAAAGAGAAACGAACUUGUCAUUCGCGUUCAACCGGAUGAAGCCGUAUACAUUAAGAUGAUGACUAAACGGCCCGGUAUCGGAUUUGAAAUGGAAGAAACCGAAUUGGACUUAACCUAUAAUAGUCGUUAUAAGAAUGUCAAGUUACCAGACGCCUAUGAACGAUUGAUAUUGGAUGUUUUUUGUGGUUCUCAAAUGCACUUUGUGCGUGCUGAUGAGCUCUCCGAGGCUUGGCGUAUAUUUACUCCUCUUCUCCACGAAAUUGAAUCGACUCAACCCGAACCAACACCAUACAAGUAUGGUACUCGUGGACCUACUAAAGCUGAUGAUCUUUCUCUUGCAAAUAACUUCAAGUAUUAUGGAUCUUACAAAUGGGUGAAACCUCAAUCUUAGUUCAUCUAAAACUAUUGUUUAUCAUUUGGAACAAUAUAUAUAUAUAUAUUGACUCUUUACCGAACCUAAUAUGUACUUAUGUAAUUGUCUAUAAAAAUAAUUUAUUUAAAGAUUUGCCAUAUAAAUUAUUUUAAAACAUUCCGGUUACUCACUUGACCCAUUAUAAAUUAUCAUUUGAAUUUCCAUUUCGUUUUUCUUUUUCUUUUUUUUUAUCAUUUUGUAUUGGUUUUUCUUGUGUUAUAAAUUUGUUUUGUUUUUGUUUGUUUAUCCAAAAAAAAAAUUUUUUUGAACUUAAUUUAAUUUAAAUUCUGUUUGGUUAUUUUAAUCAACCAUAGUUUAGUAAACUUAAUUGUUUUUAUGUUAUAUUUAUACAUUUUAGCAAUAACAUGAUAUAAAAUAACAGAAGUGCUCAUGUUACAUUACUGACCUCAGGAGUAUUGUUCAACAAUAUAUUAUCUAGAAAGUCAAAUAAUAUCUACUCAGUAUUAUUUGUGCUCAUAAAUACAAAUAUAAUACACUACAGGGUUUUUUAUUUUAUAUUACAAUACGGUUGUAUUGUAUUUUCAAUCUGCCUUUCUAAAUGAAAACUCAAUGUUUCAAUCGUUAUGAUAUUAUGUUUUCUAGAUGUAUUGCUAUUACAGGGUAAAUAUCCAUUAUUAAAAUAAUAUACUUUUGAUUAGAUACAACAAUUUAAUUUUGAUAAAUAAAAUGUUUGCAGUAGAAUAAUAUCUAUAUUUAAAAUUUGAAUUAUGUAGUUGUCUUAAAUUUCUUAUAAAUGGCUGGUGUAUGUUAAUUUAAAAUAAUAAAAAAAAAGCCAUGGAAAUUCUAGUGUUAAUGAUUUCUAAUAUUUAAGUACCUACAAUAUUCUCUGUGUAUGUCUUGCAUCUCAAUCAUAUUCGCCGCCCACAGUUAUGCUGAUAUCUUGACCGAUGGUUUGUGUUUCAUGGUACCAAAUAUUUGUAUCUAGUACAACUAAAAGAAUAUUGAACAAUUAUAAUAAUUAUAUAAUUUGUCAUAAAAUAUUUAUAAAGCAAUUUCUCAACCUUACCAUAAAUAUUCUCUUAUCUAGGUUUAAAAUAUCUUAAGUCUUUAAUGUGUUAUCAAAUGAUAAUAAUAAACAAUAUUAAACAGUUA